AUGAUUGCAACACAAAAGAACAGGGGAAUAUGGGAGGGAGAAGAAAUUAAUCUUACCUUGGGAAUCUCGCUGAUUUACGCAGAGGUGAGCGGGGCUGGGCGCACCUUGGCAAGGAGCGCAGGGCGAGAAUCAUUCCCGUCGUGCUGGGAAGACUUUGAGAAACUCAUCCUUUACCCGGUCCCGGAGAAGCCGGGGCGGAUUUGUCCUUGCAGCCCCGGCCUGGUGUCCCCGAUGCGCGGCCGCACCUGGCUGGGCGCUGCGCUCGUCCUUGGGGCGCAGCUCCGAGCGCUGUGGCUGGCAGCAGCCGUGGAGGUUCACACCGCCAAGGAGGUGGUGGCCGUGAACGGGACCAACCAGCGGCUGAAAUGCACUUUUUCCAGCAGCAGCCCCGUGAGCCAGCAGCUCUCAGUGAGCUGGAACUUCCAGCCCGAGGACCUGAGCGCUCAUGAGCCGGUAUUUUACUACCUGAAGGAGCCCUACAAGCCCCCCUCGGGAAGAUUUAAAGAGCGAGUCACCUGGGAUGGGAACAUCGAGCGUAACGAUGUUUCCAUCAUCAUCUGGAACCUGCAGCCCAGUGACAACGGGACCUUCACCUGCCAGGUGACAAACUGGCCAGAUGUCUAUGGCACCAUCGGGGAGGUGCGACUCCGGGUUGUGCAGAAAGUGAGUUUCUCAGAAAUCCAUUUCCUGGCCGUGGCCAUCGGAUCUGCCUCUGUCCUGAUGAUCAUCGUGGUGACAGCUGUGAUCAUCUGUCGGCAGCGUCGCAGGAAAGCGCGAGACAAGAGGCUGGAGGUGGCAGACACGGAGCGUAAAGAAAAGGAGAGCCUGAAGAUGGGGGAGGAAAAGGAGCCCAUUCCACUGGAAGAUUAAAGGCCUUCCCUGGUGUGCACAAUGCAGGUGCUUCCAAAGCAGUUGGUGAAAGCUUGUAAUUUGGGGUGUUAGAACAAAGCUGGAUUACAGACGCCCCACGCUGCCUCUGCUCAACCUGAAAGUCUUGCACGGAAAGAGGGUGACUGUACAUGAGUUGUAAAUUCCCUCCAGUGAAGCAGAGCAGGAGGAUCUUGCCCCAUGAACAAAGAACUUUCCUUCAUCUUCUCACCUGCGGAGUGUGAGCACGGCUUCUCUGGAAGAUGAAAGUGCCAAGACUGACUGAACCGAGGGCUGGGAGGUGUUUGAGCAGAUGCACUCCUGCACCUUAGAAACCACAACGUGCCUUUGUGUUGCCCUGGUUUUAUUCCCUGAGAAUCCUCCCUGAGAAGGAAGGCUGAGCAGUGAUGUCUCAGCUGGUACAACAAACAUCCUUGGAAUCCUUUUCUACAUUAGAUGGACAGUGUUAGAGCUGGGCAAGGUGUGCUGUUUGUUAUUAGGGGUAACAUUCACCAGCCAGGCUGGUUUGCACAUCCAUCUCUUGCAGCUUUGGGAGGGUUUGGGGGUUGAGGAGAGUUUUCUGUCUGGGUUCAGCAGGUCUCCCCAUUCCCAUUCCCACUGUCAUUAUCCCAGUGCUCCCCUCUGUUCCCCAAAACUGGAACCCAUGGAUCUCUAACAGUGUCUAACCAGCCCCAAACCCAUCCUGUCACAGUAUGUAUCCAUCCCCAAAUCAAAACCUUGGCCUGUUUGUUUGUAGAGUGUUUUUAUGGCUUUAUAAUGUUCCAGCCACAUUCCCUGACUGUUCCCUGGCUGU